CUACCUACCGGCCCAAAAUAUUGGCUGACGUCACUGCCUUCAAAGGUGGCAUUCUGUCCGCCAUUACCAAAGCUACCGGGAUCUCAAAGCUACGAGUGUCCUCCAUCAAGAUCAAUUUUGAGAAUGUGAUCAGAGUCCGAGCCGUCCUACUGGACAAGGCACCGAUCAGCGGAGAUGUCAAAUCUGUCAAGCAGCAGGUGGACUUGAAGACAGCCGGUGACGCGCUAAUGGACGCUAUACGACGGGGGCAGUUUACUGUCAGCUUGAAGGAGGCUGGCAAUGCUGUG